CGACUUAUUCUUGACGAUUCACUGUUGCUUGCGACUUUAUCACGUGCAGAAAGCGUUCUUUUGGAGGAAAGGAAAAAAAAAGAAACAAAUUACAACAAAGAGGAAGAAAACCACCAGUGGAUUUUGUGUUGAUAUAAAAAAGCCAAGAAUAAAGAAGAAGUUGAUUUUUGAUCCAUUGGAAAUUGCGAUAAAUAAAUAAGAAGUGAAUCGGGUAUUGUAUUCCAUUGUUGGAAUCAAUAUUUUAUUGAUAUCAUAGAAGAAAAGAAAAUUAAAGAAAAGUUUUUCUCUCUGCUUUGCUUCUAUUCGUCUGUAAUUUGUUCAGUGAUUUGGGAAUAAAUUCUUCAAAACUGUUAUCUACUAUUUUGUAGUGUAACGGUCGUGUAACUUUUCAAGCGGAAACUAUUCGGGGUUUGCUACGAGAAGCAUUUCUACAAAUUUUUCCAUACACUCUACACGCUAAUUGAUCAGAAUGAACACAUCACGAAACUGGUGCACACUACUCUUAAUCUUGGGUAUUAGUAUGCUGCUCAUUUCAGCCGUAGAAUCAGCACCAAUGUCCAGUCAAAAUACCGGAUAUUAUGGAGAGCGCGUAAACGAGCAACCUGAAGACGUACUUAUGGAACUGAUCGCUAGAUUUGGACAGACGAUAAUGAGAGCAAGAGACGACAUGGAAAAUUCAAAACGAACCGUUGACUUUGGACUGGCUCGCGGAUUCUCUGGCAUCCAGGAGGCAAAACACCGUAUGGGACUUGCGGCAGCUAAUUUCGCUGGUGGUCCCGGACGCAAACGACGAUCAGAUGUCAAUGCAUGAAGUGGAUUUACAACUAAUGCUGAUUAAAUUUACAAUUAAAAGAGAAAAAAGAGAAAAAAAUGCAAAAAAAAGUUUAGUUAAAAAUUAAAAUUUAUAAAAGAAUUUAUUUAUUUUUGUUAUAAGAAGAAUUUUUUUAUGUAAACGUUUUAACAAUGCAAAAAGUAUAUUUAAUUGUAGGUAUGUGAAUUGAAAUUAUUAUGAGAAAAAAGUUUACGAAAGUUAAAGAAACGCAAAUUUCAUUUCGAUUUUCAUCAAACAUUGUCCACAUUUCCCCCCGAACGAUGGAUUGAGAAAAGAAAAAAAAAACUUCAAAAUCAAUUCAUCGACUAAAUGGCGUAGAUAAAUUCUGUUCCAAUUCAUUAGAUUCGUGUUGUAAAUAAUCGUUUUCCAAUGUAAACAAUAGCAACUCUAAUUCACAUAAAAUUUCCCAUUUGUGAAACGUGAAAAUAGAAAUCUGAAGACUGAUGUUUUUGUGUGUUUUAAUUUACCACAGACCCGUCACCAUAAAUUUUCCCUUUUUUAUAUUUCUCCUCUAAAUUGAUCACAUGAAAUUCACCUUUCGUUGUCGAAAUAUGUCUCCGUCUAUAUUAUAUCACAUCCAUUGUGCAAAGCGUCUAACCUGUGUGGUGGCUUUAUCGUAGCGAUUAAUAUUCAAAUGGAUCUAAAUUUACCACUUAAAAGAUUUUCUUCAUUUAAUCGAAUAUUAUGAAUUAGAGGACACGCGGCAUGAAUAAUUUUCAAUUUGAUGUUAAAGACUAUGGAUAUGGAGAUAGAUUUGCGUAACUACACAACGCACACAAGUUCAUAAGCUCGUUGUUAUUUAAUGUAAUCCCUCGGAUAAUCGUUUUUCUUGCGGUUUUUUUUUCAUUAAAAAAAAUAAUUAUCUCCCACAUACAGAAAAUGAUUUCUUGAUAAAAUAUGUUCAAAGUCAUUCGUAUCGUCGUAAAUAGGCAGUACAGUUUGGAAAUGAUUUUUUUAACACCACCUCAGAGAAAAGUGAAAAAUUAAUAGGGAAAUCAAAAGAUGAAAUUUAUUGAACAAAAAAAUCAAUUUUGGUGUCGAGCCUAAAGUAAUUUCCUCGGAAAUUAACGAUUUUCGUAUAUAAAUCAUGCAAUUGCAUUUAUUAGCAAUUUAUUAACUUAACGGAAACCCUUUUAGAAAGGAGCAACGAAAGGGUAUUUUUGCCAAUUUUAAAGUUCAACAUUUCUGAAGUCUUCAAACUAAUGAAGUAAAAGAUUUUGUAUCAAACACUUUGCGAUACUUCGAACAUUGGAAGUAGCAGAUCUCAUAACUGCUCAGCGAUAGGUUUCACAACGUUUAUAAAUGGCUUACUAGUUCGCGCUUGUUCACCUUACAAAAUGUUUUCGUAGAAUUUCAGUGAUCAAUAUUGAAUACUUAACCAUGCUAUCCAACAUUUUAGAUUUUUAAAUUCUAUCGCCAGUCCCAUCACUCUCGUCUUAAAUUAAAACUUUGAUACGGUUUGUAUCAAUGACCUCGAAUUUUAGUUAGUCUAUUUUAUUGGACAGUAGCAAUAACAAGUGAGCAGUGAGCACAGAACUUUCGACUAUGAUUUUUUCUAAAUCUUGGAAAUAUGAAAGUCGGCAAAAAAGGUAGAUCCACUUUGCAGAAAUGGUUGUGUGGGAAUCCUAAUUCGCUUAAAAUGACGGAUUUUUUUUUUCUUAUAAUAAACAACCUAAAUGCUUAUAGCGUGGGAUGGAUGUCAUGACCAGCUUUAAAUUCCAUUCAACUGGUGAAACAAUUUUCAUUUAGAAAUUAACUUUGAUCGAACAAAUAUAUUUAAAAAAAACAUAAAUUGGUAUAUCGAUUACGCUCUCAUCCUUUCAUCAACGAAAAAUGUAAUGAAAUUUCGAAAUUGAUUUUGCGUAAUUUUUAAAGUUGCAAAGAGUAACAGAUAAAAUAUACUAAAAGCAAGAUGGGAAAAAAAUGUUUGUAAAAGAAAAAUAAACCGAAACACGAUGUGAUUUUAUUCCACCAAUUUUAUUCAAUGAAAGGGAAAACGAAGAAGGAAAGAAAAACCCGAAAACCAAUUGAAACAAUUUUCUCAAAACUUUUCCGUUUCGAUUUCUUUGUGAAUGUAAAAAAAAAUCAAAUAAAAGUUAUCCAAAAAUCAUAACCAGAUACUAAACUUUAGUAUUAAAAAAAUGAAAAGAAUAAACCUAAAACUCUAUAAAUUCUUAAACUUAAAAUAAAAAUGAGUCUCAGUAUUUUAUGUAAAUUUCCAAAAUCACUAAAAAUAGUAAAGAAACCAAACUAAAGUAAAAACAAAAUGUAAUUCCAGAUUUAGAGAAGCCGAUGUAUUUUAUUGAUAGACGAAAUCGAUCAAUCAAUCGCUAUUAUACCAAAUUUUCGUCUGUUUUAUCUGAAGAAGAUUAUUAUCAUUAAAAAAGAAGAAAAUAAUAAAUUUAGAGAAAAAAAAUAUUUAUUGUAAUAUAAAAUCAGAAAAAUUUAA